GGAAUCUACUCUCUUUUCUCUUCUGGUUGAGACUCCUGUAAUUGAUCUUUGAUAAAAGAAGAACAAACUCGCAUUAACUCAGUGAGCUCGAUUCGUUGACUGGAAGGGGCACCAUUGUCAAUAGCUUUCUCUUCGGCUCAACUAUUCUCUUUCCUUCGGUAUGGCUCUGGUUUAAGAUAUCUUCUAUUCUUCUCCUUAGCCAUUUUGAUCUCAGCCCAAUUCAAUUAUUUACUGGUGAAAACAGACUUUUCUAGGGCUUGUAUUACGAUACACUGAAGUUCAAUAUUCCUGGAGUUGAUUACGUGAGAAACGAAGAAGAAGAUCAUAUGAGAUCGGCGGGGUUGAGGGUUUUCUUGAUUUGUUUGAUUCUCUCCAUUGGUUUGAAUCUCUCUCAUGGCGAGGAGCCGAAGAAGACGAAUAAGUUUAGAGAGCGAGAGGCUAGUGACGAUUCCCUUGGUUAUCCAAACAUUGACGAAGAUGCUUUGUUGAAUUCCAAAUGCCCCAAGAAUUUGGAGCUAAGAUGGCAAACAGAAGUUAGUUCUAGUAUUUAUGCUACACCCUUAAUAGCUGAUAUUAACAGUGAUGGGAAGCUUGAAAUAGUGGUGCCUUCUUUUGUUCAUUAUCUGGAAGUUCUUGAAGGAUCAGAUGGAGACAAAAUGCCAGGUUGGCCUGCUUUCCACCAGUCAACCGUGCAUGCCAGCCCCCUCCUGUAUGAUAUUGACAAGGAUGGUUCAAGAGAAAUAUCUUUGGCUACCUACAAUGGCGAGGUGCUUUUUUUCAGGGUGUCAGGCUACAUGAUGAUAGAUAAACUGGUAGUACCUCGUAGAAAAGUAAAAAAGAACUGGUAUGUGGGUCUUGAUCCAGAUCCAGUGGAUCGUUCUCAUCCAGAUGUUGACGAUGACCAAAUCAUUUUGGAGGCUGAGCUGGAAAAAUCAGCGCAUCAAAAAAGUGGAAAUAAUACAAGCCAUCCAGGUACUAUUUCAACAGAGGAUGAAAGAAAAUCGAAUGGAAGUCAAAUAGGAAUAGACAUCAACAAGCAACCUGCCAGUGGAAAUUAUUCUUCUGUAAACAUAAGUUCAGGUACUAUUGCAACAGAGGAUGAAAGAAAAUCGAAUGGAAGCCAAAUAGGAAUAGACAUCAACAAGCAACCUGCUAGUGGAAAUGAUUCUUCUGUAAACAUAAGUUCAGUAGGAACUGAAACUAAUGGAACAAGCAGUGGCAGACGGCUUUUGGAAGAUAACAAUUCCAAAGGAUCACAAGAGUCUGAAUCCAAAAACAAUAGUAAAGAGGAUGCUCCUGUUGUAACUGUUGAAAAUGAAGGAGGAUUGGAAGCAGACGCUGAUUCAUCAUUUGAGCUGUUACGUGAUAGCGAUGAGCUGGCUGAUGAGUACAAUUAUGACUAUGAUGAUUAUGUUGAUGAGACAAUGUGGGGAGAUGAGGAGUGGAAGGAGGGGCAACAUGAGAAAGUGGAGGAUUAUGUGAAUGUUGACUCACAUAUUCUCUGUACUCCUGUCAUAGCAGAUAUUGAUAAAGAUGGAAUACCUGAAAUGGUUAUUGCUGUUUCUCACUUCUUCGAUCAUGAGUAUUAUGGAAACUCAGAGAACAUGAAGGAGUUGGGCGACAUUGAUAUUGGAAAAUAUGUAGCUAGUUCAAUUGUUGUUUUCAAUCUUGAUACAAAAGAAGUAAAGUGGACAGCUGAACUAGAUCUGAGUACAGAGACUGCAAACUACCGUGCUUAUAUAUACUCUUCUCCUACUGUUGUUGAUUUGGAUGGUGAUGGGUACUUGGAUAUUCUUGUUGGGACUUCCUAUGGCUUGUUCUAUGUCUUGGAUCAUCAUGGAAAUGUCAGGAGAAAGUUUCCUCUUGAAAUGGCUGAAAUUCAGGGAGGUGUUGUUGCAGCUGAUAUCAAUGAUGACGGAAAGAUUGAAUUAGUGACUACUGAUACACAUGGGAAUGUUGCUGCGUGGACUGUGCAUGGGGAAGAGAUUUGGGAAACACAUGUUAAGAGUUUGGUUCCACAGGCUCCUACUAUUGGUGAUGUUGACGGAGAUGGCCAUACUGAUGUCGUGGUUCCUACGAUAUCCGGGAAUAUAUAUGUUCUUAGUGGAAAGGAUGGAUCCAUUGUUCACCCUUAUCCAUAUAGAACUCAUGGAAGAGUGAUGAGCCAAGUUCUUCUUGUUGACUUGAGCAAACGUGGCGAGAAACCCAAGGGACUUUCUAUGGUUACUACAUCAUUUGAUGGUUAUUUAUAUCUAAUUGAUGGACCGACAUCAUGUGCGGAUGUGGUUGAUAUUGGUGAAACUUCAUAUAGCAUGGUCUUGGCGGACAAUGUUGAUGGUGGAGAUGAUCUAGAUCUGAUUGUGACAACCAUGAACGGCAAUGUCUUUUGCUUCUCAACUCCUGUUCCUCAUCAUCCGCUUAAGGAGUGGAGAUCAACUAAUCAAGGUAGAAAUAAUGUUGCAUAUAGGAACAACCGUGAAGGCAUCUUUAUUUCACCGUCGUCUAGAGCUUUCCGCGAUGAGGAAGGCAAGAACUUCUGGGUGGAAGUUGAGAUAGUGGACAAAUACAGAUUCCCAUCUGGGACACAAGGACCGUAUAACGUCACAACUACCUUGUUGGUACCUGGUAAUUACCAAGGAGAGAGAAGUAUAAGGCAAAGUCAGAUUAUUAAUAGUCCUGGAAAACACCGUAUAAAGCUUCCGACAAUUUCAGUAAGGACAACAGGUACUGUUUUGGUGGAGAUGGUUGACAGGUAUGGACUCUACUUCACAGACGAGUUCUCCCUCACAUUCCAUAUGUAUUACUAUAGACUGUUGAAGUGGCUCCUUGUCCUCCCGAUGCUCGGGAUGUUUGCUGUGCUUGUCAUCCUUCGACCACAAGAGGCAAUGCCUUUGCCUUCGUUCUCGCGAAACACUGACUUGUAAUUGUAACAUUCACACCCUUCUCCACCCCUCCAACAGGCCAAAGUUCAUAGACUGAUAGAAAGCUCCAUCUCAACCAAUGCUGAGACUGGGCGAUAAGGUGUUUAACGCUCAUGAGAGUGUCGACGGCCUGGCCACGCCUCGGUAGAUGAUUUCAUAGGCUAAAAAUGUGAAUGGCCUGAGCCGAAACUGCAAUUUGGAUCAUAGAUAAUCGGGAGUUGUAACAUAGAUAAUUUUGAGUUAUGAACUAAGGAUUUUGGAUUUCGAGUAUAUGUUUUGUCAGUUCUCAUUUAGGGAUUUUCAAUAUAAAUCAUAAUCAUUUGGAGGAAAGCGAUAUAUAUACUGUGAAAUAUGGACUCAAAUCUACUGUGUCCUAAUAUGUGUCUAAACAAUCAUAUGUGUACAUGUAAUAUUUAGCUAAAUAAAUUUCUAAUGGGGCUUUUGAGUU